CCCUCCUUCCCCUGCUGCGCUCUCGACUCCCUCUCAUUCCCCCCUCGCUCACACACACACACAGACUCAGGCUGCAUCCUCCCCUCUCCACUUCCACCUUCACUCUCACCUCUCUGCUCCUCUCGUCUCCUUUCAUUUCAUCACCUACUAACACACAUCAUCUCUCACACAUCUCCACCGUCUGUUGUCUCCCUCUCCCUUCACACUCUCUCAUCCAUCUCUCCCCCUUUCCCUCCUCUUUCUCAGACAGUCAACCUUGCUGUCUCACACAAAUGAACCUGUACACACACUCGUGCUGAUUGGCGCCCAAGGACAGAGCACCCAUAGCGGCUACCAGACAGUUUGCACGCUUGGCCGGUCUUUUUGACACUGAGCUCAGCUGAGGAAGAGGACGAGACCAUGGAGCACAGCCACAUCUUCCCUGUUUUUUCCCCAAACGGGAGCACCUGGAGCCAGGGGCAGUAUCCCCCUGAGGUUGCCCAGGGAUGCCCUCUCGGACCACUGCCUGUCAUCUACUACAGUGUCCUGCUCUGUCUCGGCCUGCCGGCAAACAUCCUGACAGUGGUUAUCCUGUCCCAGCUGGUGCUGCGUCGUCAGAAGUCCUCCUACAACUAUCUGCUGGCUCUGGCAGCCGCUGACAUUCUAGUCCUACUCCUGAUUGUUUUUGUCGACUUCAUAUUGGAGGACUUCAUUUUGGUUGUGCCGCUGCCUCCGUCAUUAAACAAUGCAGUGCAGGUCCUGGAGUUCUCCUCCAUUCACACCUCCAUCUGGAUCACCGUGCCUUUGACCAUUGACCGUUACAUCGCUGUUUGCCACCCGCUGCGCUACCACACAGUUUCCUACCCAGCUCGCACACGAAGGGUGAUAUUUGCAGUUUAUAUUGGGUGUCUGCUGUCUGCAGCUCCUUAUUACUGGUGGCCUGAGCUAUGGCACAGCCUACCAGGAAUGGGCAGCGAUGGUGGUGGAGCAGGAGGAGGAGAGAGCAACAGAACGGUGGCCCAACAUGUUCUCGUGUGGGCCCACUGCGCUACCGUCUACCUCCUUCCUUGCACCGUCUUCUUCUCCCUUAAUGCUGUCAUUGUGCGCAAGCUCCGCAAACGCCGCAGCUGUUUCCGCCUCCGUGGUUACUCUACUGGCAAAACCACCGCCAUUCUCCUCGCUAUAACGUCCAUCUUUGCUGUUCUGUGGGCGCCACGCACCCUCAUGAUCCUCUACCAUUUCUACUCCCCUCCUCCAGCCACACAAGAUGCUGGUCGACUGCUGCACAUGCUCACGGAUCUGGCAAACAUGCUAGCGCUGCUCAACACUGGUGUCAACUUUUUCCUCUACUGUUUCAUCAGCAAGCGUUUCAGGGGCAUGGCAGCUAACGUGUUGAGAGCGCUGGUCCACUGCCGAAAGCAGCCAACGCCGUUCUACGCCAGCCACAACUUCUCCAUCACAAGCAGUCCCUGGAUUUCACCAGCCAACUCUCACUGCAUCAAGAUGUUUGUGUACCAGUAUGACAAAAACGGAAAGCCUAUCUGUAUCUCCUCUUGAGUAUUUAGCCACCAGCAGCGGCCCCCACCCUCAAUCCUGGGAAAACAUAUUUUGGGAUUUGUCUCUGUGGUGAUCAGCUUUGCCCACAUGAGACUCUUUGAGGCUCUCAAAUGUCAACAAGCCCAGAGAGAACAAAGGUGUGACAUUAGCUAGCUCUCAUAACAAAGUGACAGGCUAGCAAGGUGGAAAAGCAAGCAGCCGACGUGUGCUUGGGAGGCCUUUCAUGUCCAAUAAACUGAUUGUUUCCGACAAGCAAAAAACAAAGAUAUGGUGCGUGACUGAGUGCUGCUCGAGUGAGUGACUGAUAAAAAAAGGUUAUCACCGUCAUCCAUCACUGACUUUAUGUGCCACCAUUUCUAACAGUGCUAUGGUAUAAACUAGAUGAAACCUCGGUGAAGCAUCAAAUGGUUGGUGACAUUGGUUCCUUUAUGGACACGGCUGCCAAACGGUGAAGUGACUUGAACAGCUGCGUCUUCGUUCCAUGGGGAGUCAUUUCCACACAGCAAAGAUCCAGUCAGAGUCCGGGCAUUAAACACCUCACCUGAUGGGGUGAGUCACUCAGGCAGAGCCAACGACAGUGUGUCCACUGCCUGUAUAACUGACUGUCUCUCAAGUAAUGUACAUCAGCGCUGUCAAUUCCAGUUUAAUAUGCAGAGGAGACUCAAAGGCAUGAUAAAUGGGGCUUUCAUUAAACAGCCCUGACUGACGUUAAUUCAUGUGUUUGAUGAUCAUAUCUUAGCAGGGCAGGCUACCUACAGACGAGACUCACUAAGAAAGACCAAGUCAUCCCACAUCCAAGCUCACAGAUUGUUGUAGGAUGAGUAGGUGCUUUGCUUAUUGUUUGUAAAAUAUUUAUUAAUGGUAAACUUGACUGUUAAUGUAGCUUCAUAAAAGACUAAAUAUGUCUUGGGUGCCAUUGUGUCUCCAAGGUCAUUAAUGUAGUAAUCAUAUUUCCAAUAUUAGGAAGAGGAAUUUUUUGCUGUUAGUAGAUAGUCCUCUAUUGACUAUUGAUGGUCUAUGAUGACUUACUGUUAGCCAUUACCUUGUUGAAUAUGAUGAAUGUAAAUCAGCAUCUGUCCAACCCUUUAGCUGUCUGAGACUGAGGAGCACGAGAGAGAUGGAGAGGGCAGAGAAUUCUGCUCACUUCAGCUUUGUUUCUCCUUUCCAAGACUUUCUGUACCAUGAUACAACAGUGUGUUUGGUCUCAGGGCAACAGAGGCACAAACUCAGCUCUACCUUUUCUCCUGCUGCACGGCUGACGGCUGUCCAGUACCAUGUAACAACAAAACAGUGGCAUGCAUCAGCUCUGUCUCAGCGCUCUCACUGUUUGGCAUCUCAACCAAGCAAAAAUUGAACAACACGCUAACACACACAUUGUACUGUAUUGACAGAGUAUGACAGAGAACAUUCAAAUCAAUCCACAUCCAUUCUGCAGACUAUUUGUUUCACCAGAGGUCCAGAGGUGUACACCUCUCCUUUAAGACUGAUGCUACAUGACGUACGCCCAGAUGAUCUCACUCCAACCACUCCACUACCCGGCUGCAAGGCAUGCUUAUGCCAUCAAAUGUCCAGGUUUUUUGCAGUAGAAUCACUGGAAAAAUGUUCAUGGACACUUUUAUUCUGACCUGUUGCAGUCGUCUUAAUGUAAAUGUGCAGGGAGAGAACUGUUAUACCGUUAUAUUGGGACAAUACAGAGAGAUGAUAGGCCUAAUGAGUGUGUGCAUAUCUGGUAAUGGCUUAAAUGUAAUGGAUAUUAAUAUACAUGUAAAAUUCACACACAGCACGCACACAGCAUUGAAUCUGAUGAAUGUCUGUCUGUUUCUGUGCAAUUCAUAAUCCAACUUUAGUUUGACUCUCAGACAUUUGAGACACUUAAGGAAAUGUCUGCACCUCCCAUAUCUGACUUAGUGCCUCAUUUCAGCCAUUGUCUGUUCAACAUCAUUUAACCAAAAUUGAAUAAAUAUAGUAUUUAACCAGUAGUGCACCGUGGAUUCAGAUGGAUUAUAUAUGACAUAAUAUUUAGUCUCUGAAUCAGGGGCCAAUGUUCUGGGGGCCAGAACAUUGGCCUUGAUAUUCAUAAAGAUAUUUCACGGGCUACAUUGGAAUUGAUUUUGGGGCUUCAUUUGGCCCACCAGCCAAACGUUUGAGACCUAUGUUCUUAAUAUUUAGCCCCCAUAAGUACAUUUUUUGAGCAAAAGCUGCAAUAAUUUGAAUGAAAGCAAUGGAAAACAGAAAGCCACAUUAGUGAUGGAUGAGAAAAUCAUAUUAAUAUUAUAAAACUAUAGUUAUAUUUGACUCUUAAUUCAGCAAGUGUUUGGUAUUUAACUUACAAGUUAGGUAGAUGUUAACUUAAGUGUGUGCGAUGGUCUAUAACAUUAUAUUAAAUAUGAAAUUAACCGAGAUUCAUACUAAUAGACAAAUUAUGUAAAAAUAUUUAUUUUCCUACCAUUUUCAGUAAGAGCUACAUUAAUCACGAUAAGUGCUGAAUUUGCACAAAUUCCAGCUGCUGGUUUAUGUGAUAUUUUUCCAAUCAAUGAUUAACCAGAUUCUCCCAGGCUCCCUCUCCUCUCUGUUCAGUUGGCACUCAGGCUACAAUUCCACUCUCAAUUCCCAUUCCAUUGUUGCACACAAAUUGAUUUUCUUCAGGACUGCUAAAUGAAUGAGGGCGCACUGGUUGGAGCCAAAUGCUCUACACCCUCUUUUGCCCAUAAAAUCCCACUUGUCCCUUAUUCCUCGCAUUUUAUGACAAAUAAACUUUGCUCAAAGUGGAUUUCACCUAAGUUCCCUCUUUGUUUUACAUUAAGUGAUUAUCUUGAGGUUGUUUGCACAUAAGGUUUGCUCUUUGACUUCAUAUCAGAAAAUUGAUCCAUGUUAUUGGGGGAGGCCGAGGUGGGGGUGGUGUGUGUGUGUGUGUGUGUGUGUGUGUUAAGCAGCUGGAUGUUGAGUAUUAUUUGAUGGAGAUGAACUACCAACAUGUCUAUAACCAGUAAUCACUUGGCUCCUUGACCAGUCACCCGUCAAUUUCAUUUCAUUUAGUGUAAAGGCAGCAAAAGAAGUGCUUUCAUGCUAAUCACUACUUUGUAAUGAUCAGUGCUGCGAUCAUUAGGGAAAAUCAGAUCAUAAAAGCAAAUUCGGGCUACAGCCCAAGGAGCUCAUUCCAGAUCAUUGUUGCCAUGACAUUCGUUUCUCCUGUGAACCCCAUCCAGUGUUUCAGCCAUGUUAAUGUGACAUUUGUGAGACAACCAAUGCCCUCAUUCCCGCAGCCUCCAGGGAACGAGGCAAACAUGCUGGGAAACCAAAACAGAAGGUUGAGUCGGAGGUGUCACAUGCAGGUGUUCCUCUGCCUCCCACAUGAGGUGUGUGUGUCUGUGUAUGUGUGUGUGGUUGUUGCCAAGAAAUCUUCCUCAUUUUAAGGGGAGGAAAAUACCAGGAUCUUCAGUCCAAUAUUAAAAAGAUAACCAAACAUGAAUCACACAGAGGGGUAAAAUGUUUUCUUUGUAUUUCUCACACAUCCUGCGCUCCUCAAUUUCCCCUCUGUCUCUCUUGACCUGCUUAGCCCACAGAGUGUGUAUACAUGUCUGUCUGUGGUUGUCGGGAAACAUUUUCAAACGAUUGGCAAGUGUCUUCACGACCAUAGUCAAGCAAGCGCGUGUGCGUGUGUGUACACAAAACCCGUUAUUAGACAGAGAGAAGC